CGGCGAAGCUUGAAUGAAAAGCACAACAAACCCAUCGUGUGUGUGCUCUUGGCUCUGCUGCUGCGGGUUGGGUGGUUGACUGAGUUCGAACCGGACCAGACCGUCGUCGCUCGUGUAGUAGAGCCGUGUGCUGCCCGUCGUCGUCCGUGUGAUGCAAAGAGGAGGGUUCGCUCGCCGUUCAGAAUUUUCAAUCCUCAGUUCAUUCCGGGCAUUUGUUAUGGUUGGUUGUACCGUUCGAGCAGCGCGCAUGUGAACUUCUAUUCGUUCUUUUCUUGGGAUAGGAGCCCUGCUAGAGCCAAGUCAGAGUGAUAAUCUGCAUCGAGGGCGACGGGAGACAGUGCGGUUGUGGAAAGAGUUUUCCACUGUGUGAUCACUCCGGUAGGGAAAUAGGUUUUCCUCCCCCAUUCGCAACACAAACAGUGAGCGGCGAGGUCAAGAAGAAAGAGUAUCGCGAGAUAGAGGCUGAGAACUUUGACCAAAGUGGCUUGACUGGCCCGGUUCAAAGAUCGCGAUAUUGGCGAGAGGUGGUUGAGCCAUGCAUGGAGAAGCCUGCUGAUCACUUCGUAGCUGCGAAACGUAUGGAUAUAGCGAUCUGAGGGCGGGUGAUGCGGCUACUUCUAGCGGCCAUUUAUUGUAUGUUCAUUUUCGCGAAUUUCUGACAGCUGCACGCUCACUCCGAAGGUAUCUAUCUGCGCCCACAAAAAACGAUUCGCGAAAGAGGAGCAAAAUAGAAGGCGAGAGUGUAAUGAGUGCUAAGUUGAUGGAAAUGUUGGAGCGCUUGGCGGAAUAGCCUAUGCGGUGGGCGGAAAAGCAGAAGGGAGUGUGUUGGAGCCAAUCUUAAUAAAAAUAAUACACAACCCAGCAGGGGGAGAAAUAAGAAGAAAGUGUGCAUCUGUGUUGUGGCAAAUCGCGCGAUAAGAAACGCGUCAAGUGUCUGUCCAGGUUUGUUUACAGUUUUUUGCGCUUCAACCUUCUCAAGUGAGAGCACCCCGGUGUGUGUGCCUGUCUGCGCGAGUGUAUUUUCAUUCCGAACAGCGCCAGAACGGGAAUCGCUCAAGUGGUUGACGAUCUGAGGGUGCAGGGCAGAAAAUAUUUCGAGGAAAAUAACGCAAAGUGUGUCACCUCACGAGUAAAUUAGAAUCGUGUGACGAAUUUCGAACGCGUGAAACGUUUUGCUGUGAAAAUAAUAUCGCCAAACGAAAAUAUUUUUUAUUUUGAUAGCACGUUUAUUUUUUGUCGCAGAAAGAAACGGCCAGACAGCGACAGAUUGUCAUUCUCAUAAAUUUAUUGCUGACUCGGUUGAUCUCAAAAUAUAAUGAGAAUUUCGUGAGUAAGAUUAAAGUGUUGUGAAAAGUUCAGUGAAGCAAAUUUUGAAGCAAACCGAGAAUAAGAAUGCAUCUUUCACGUGGAUUAGCCUGCAGCCAGAAGAUGUCGUGGGUGGUGGUCCUGUUUUGCGUGCUUGCCCUUUCGCUGGAGCAAGGAGGAGUGGAGACCAAGAGCGUUGACCAACAGGAACUGCCCAGCUGUGAUCGCGCCUAUGGGUUCUUCGCGUCGAUCAACGUAACAAUCAAGCCGGCAAACAAUGAUCAAGGCAAUGUUUGCGGCGGUUCCUGCUGUGAUAACCAAGUGGAAAGUCAACUGGAGGCGAAAGCGACGAAAAACUUCGAACGACUAGUCAAACACCACACCCGCAGCCAGCGGGGGCACUGGGAGCAGACGGCCAACAUGUAUCGGGAUUACCUGUUGCAGCUGUCCCGCCAAUCCGAGAAUAAAACGCUCAGUUUGUUCUCGACCGUGUACCAAAAGAUGUCCCCAUUGUCGCGGGACCCGAUUCUGGAGCUGUACGGCACCAUUCGGAAUCAUCUGACGUCGACGUCCUACCAGGACGAUCUGGAACUAGUCACCGACAAAUUCUUCCGGGAUCUGUUCCCGGUGGCGUAUCACCACGCGGUGGUCCAUGCCGAUAAGGAUGUGGAUUUUCACAGUGAUUACAAAAAUUGUCUCACACACACCUACGACGAUCUGAAGCCGUUUGGCAACAUCCCUCAGGAGCUCUCCAAAUCGUUGGUGGCCAGUGUCAGUGCUGCCAGUGUGUUGUUACGAGUACUGAGCGAGGGAGCGGAAGUACUUCACAAACUAGACGAUCUAGGAACGGAAAAUUUACAGUCAUCCUGCAAAGCGGCCCUGUUGAAAAUGAACUACUGUGCUAGCUGUAAGGGGCGAAAUCAUCACCACGCCAAGCCUUGCGCCGGAUUGUGCAAAAAUGUGAUGAGGGGUUGUCUGAUGCAGUACAUCGGCAUCCUGAACCAGGAUUGGUACACAUUCACCAACGCCAUCGUACCGCUGAUCAAUACGGUACGCUCGGCUGAUGGCAUCGAAGCCGAGAUCAAAGCCCUGGAUGGAAGGCUGUCCAAUGCCAUCAUGCACGCGAUGGAAAAUGGGCCCCAGCUGGAGAUGAAGGUCAAGAAAGCAUGCGGAUUGCCUUCGCUGAUGCACACCGAUGCCCUGACCGGGGCGUACGAAUCCACGGGACCCAACGCACUGUUGCAGCACAACAAGUGGAUCCUGGCGCCGAACAACGAAAUGCUACAGUUCGAGAUGACCAUCGAUAGGAAUAAGGACCUGUUCCUGCAGCUGUCAUCGACGCUGUGUGAAGACGAAGAAUACCACACCCGCAACGAAGACUGCUGGACCGGCACGAGCCUCGGAGAUUACACGCACGACAGUGCACCGACGAUGUCGCAGAAGUACAACCCCGAGGUGCCAUACAGCAGCAGCAGCGAGCAGUUCCCGCGGGACAGCCGGUUACAGAUGUUGAUCGACAAGCUGAUCACUUUGAAAAAUGUGGCAACGAAAGCGGUUUCCAGCCAUGCCUUCAAGAGCGAUUCGGACAAAAUGCUAUCCGAUAUGGCGGAAGGUUCUGGCGAUCACUACCGGGAAGACUACGACUCCAACGAGGAUGACGAGUACAGUGAAAACGGCUCCGGAUCAGGAGAAGGUCCUCGUCGUCCGGACAUCCUGAACGUGAACGUACCGGUCAGCGGCAACAACACGCCAGCGGACGGUAAAACAAGUAAUUCCAACCGAAUCUCCGUGUCGAGCAUAAUGCUGACAUGCUCGGUGAUCCUGCUGGCGGGGUUGGCCGGAUCCAGCAGGCACUAAUGGUUACCCCCCUGGGGAACAGUAAGCCACUCCUCAUACGCGGGAGGGCACGCUUUUCGUACUCGUUGUCUUCUUUCGUCUCAUUAACUACUUCAUUCAGGAAAAUCGCGCAGAGAAACUCACACGCACAUGCCCCUCGGUCAACCGUUUGUACUCCGGUCCAGGGGUAGCGCGCGUGCCCGUGUUCAUUUAACGCGUCAAAGUCAAACCGUAGGAUUGUAAAAUUAUAAGUAGUUAACUAGGAAUUAACAAAUCUAUUCGUAUAGCAAUGAUGUAAAUCAAAUGUACACAUGCAUGAGCCCCUCGUCGUCAGCCAGAGGGGGUUCAUGGUGGGAAUUCGUCGAAUGCUUUAGACAUUUGAGGGCAAUUCCGAAAUAUGAUUUCAACACAAACACAAAACCUAAACAAAAUGUUCACAGAAUAAAAGUAUGGAAAGCUCAAGCAAUAAGUUGAUAUACUCUUUGUUCUACUUAAAACAUUCGUGAAAACAAGUAUACUAAAACUACUUGCGUUUGGAAAUUUGCUUCCCUUUUGUGUAAAGAGUCAGAAACUAGGUGUGGAAGUGUACAAAUUUUACCAAGCAAAACCAACCGUUCUAAUCUCAUUUACCCCCUACUUGAUGGAUACAACCAAUUUAUGUAUUUAGAUCAUGGAAAAAAUAUGUUAAUUUUACUACUGAAAAAAAAAAACUCCCCUCCUUACUAGAGUUACAAGCAAGUAUCGCAUUCAGAACAACCAAGUCGCCAUAUUUAAUUAAAUGAUAACACACAAUACCCUUAGUUAGGUAACAAACGCAAUCAGAUAUCAGCCUCGACAAUACUACACAGACUGGGUCAUUCGAAUUUCAACUGCUUUGGUCAACUGCGUUUUACAGAAUUCUUACAAUUUAUGUGGGAUUGAGUUUCCUAGCAACUGCAUAAACAUGAAGACCUCUUUGGCAAACUAGCAGCACUGUUGAAAAUCAAGAUACGUUUUACCAGCGCACCCACGUAUGAAGGUGGAACUAUGCAUGCCCAAGUAACACAUUUGCCACAGAAUAGUCACUGUGACUUAAUUCUUACACAUAAAUAGUUACUUGCUAGAAGUAAGUCACAGUGACUUCUGCGCAACAGAAAUCUACGCUGCCCUGACUCUUCGGUGACAAGUGUGUUAUUUGGGUGAAAUUUUGAGUGAAGCUUCAUAAAAGCUACCCCUCUCUCCUUCUUCUUUUUGAUUCAACGAUAAUGAACUUUUAAGGGCUCAGUAUCAGUUCUUUUGUAAGUCCGAUUUCAAAUUUGCACAAGAAAUUUAGCAUUAAUUUGAUAUGGCAACACAAGUAGAGUGACAGAUUCAGAUCGAAUUCCUACUCAAAAUUCGAGAGAUAACUUUUUCUGUUUGGAUAUCUGUUCACUGUGAUCAAACAAAUUGAAGAUAACUCAUAUCAUAUGUGCUCAUUCUGCGAAUGGAGUGACGUGACAAAAGUCUCGGAUUUCUCCGACUCCGACUUGUCAUGUCACUCCAUUCACAGAAUGAGCACAAUAUUGUCUAUUUUAAAAAUGCUAUUGAAAAUUGCACGAUGAGACAAAGAAUAUUUAUGGGUUAGAAAAAAAACUCACUUCAUUAACGUUGUUGACUGAAAUAGUUAAAAAUCAAAUGACUCACCUAAUAUAUAUCCUUUAUAAAACAUCGUACUGAGAACAGUAAGCUACAUAGUUUAACUAAUUACUUUCUUUUCCUCCCCUGUUGAAUUCCCCAGAAACGAACGCAAUUUUACUCUAAUCAACUAAAUUUAACAACAAAAAAGUAUGGUACUGUAGUUAGAAAACUUUUAAAUGAAAGCAUUAUCCGCUCCGUUCAGUUUUGGUUUAUGAAGAAAAAAAAACAAAACAAAAUACUAUGCUAGUGCUAUCCAAUUGUAAAUAGUCCCCGAUAAUAUUUGUGCUAAGCUAAAACACGUGAGAGAUGAGACGAUUAAAAAAUAAAUGCUAGUUAACACAAUUAUGUAAAAAAAAAAUAAACAGAAAAUGAGACCCUACUCUUUUCAAAACCCACGUUGGGUGGAGAAGAAGAAGAAAUACAUUGUGCGUGAAAGUAGGAAACCAAUUUUCGAUUAUGUAACCAAAAAUGAACGACAUCCUUUAAGGGAACACUCACACUGUUUGUCGACUUGAAAAGUAUUAGAAUUUGCGCCCGGUGCUUGAUUCACUUUUUGCCGCUAAUAUUUUCAACCCCAUGGAAUGAGAAAAAAACGCAAAUAUGGAACAUUUCAAGGCUAUUCUAUUGAUCGACAAUGUGUUCAUCUGACCAAUUGAUACAAUCUUACAGCACUACAUUUCAUUCUUAAAAGAUCUAUUCAAAAAAUUGGAUGAAGUUUACUAUUACGUUUAAAUUAUUUCACAGACAUACACUCAUCGAUCAUUGGAACGAAAAUCAUGAAAUGUUAACGACCUUCUUUCAAUCAUUUUUCUUAGUUAGAUUCAUUUCGGUUCCUUUUUCAGAUAUGAAAUCAUGAUAGUAAAAUCCUAAAAUACAGUAAUAAUUUUUGGUAUUGAGAGAUACAAAGAUUCAAAUGCAAAAGACUGUCAUUUCAAAUGAAUAGCCAUUGAAAUCCAUCAAAAUCAUCUCCACUGAGACAACACCAAACAAUAGACCACACAGAUUCAGACUGCCAUUGUCAUUAUAUGUUAUGAAAUUGACACUCUGAAUCUGCGCUAUCUAUGUAUUUACCAAAAUCUCCUUCCGAAGCAUCCAUUUGCCAAUUUACCAACAAUACUCAACCAAGCCGUCAUGGCGGUAUUCAUGUGUCAUCCAGGAAGAGGAAACAAUUGCAUCGACUAUUGCUCUAAAUCAUCAUUACAGUUUCUCAAAGCCAAGUUACCAAGCAACAAAGUUCGCAAAGUGCAGAAACUCUCAAACAUUCAUCAAUUCGACCGAGUAAAAGGUGGAAGUUGUCCAUCCCUAGAUGGGUGAAUUAGGUACUCUAUAUGCUCAACCAGUAGACCAUGCCCGAUUAUUUCUAUAUUUUAUAUUCGUAACUACGAUGUUGCAAGAAAUAUCAACUCUUUAUCGCACUUAUGAGAAAAUAUGUAAGAAACUGUCAGAAUGUGCGUAAAAAAGCAAAACAUAUUUCUUUCUCCUUUUUUUCACGUAAGCCUUCACAUUGAACGAUUUUUCUUAAAUAAUAUUUUCAACAUUUCAAACAUUUUCAAAAUGCUUUAAAAUGUGGAAAUUCAUGGAAAUUUUAACUUUUUUCGAAGCUUUUAAAUUCCCAGGGAAAUUUUUUGGGCAAAUAAACUAGAAGUGGUUCUUAGAACCAUUCAAUAAUCAAAAUGAAAGGUAGUCGGUUUUAUUAAGGUUCUCAAAAUCUCUUCUAGACUAAUUGCCUAAUUGAUCAUCAAAAUGUUACUGGGGUACUAUUCUGUUUGCAAGAUAUGUAAAAAGAUCAUAUUCAAAAUGAACUUUUCGUGAGAUGUUUAAUUCGCAUAUUCUUGUACUACGGUCAUCAAUAAUUAUGAGAAUAAUUAUAAUUUUGAGAUCUGGUGGGCAUGGUUUACAAUACACGACGAUGAGCAGUUGGACAAUAUGCUACAUACAAACAUUAUUCGAAGAUGUUGAGAGCACAUACUGAACAUGAUCAGAAGAAAAGCAGAAUAAAAAAAAAUAGCGCAAACCCAUUAUUGCCUCCAUCUGCUACCGUUACCGCCCAUAAAGACAGAAGGCAUCUAAUA